AGUGUCGGGGACGCGCAGACACGCCGAAAGCAGUCGCACUGUUCCAACUUGACUGGACCGAACCCAGUAGAACCGCGGCUAGGCCCGUUCCUCUAACCGCUGGUGGGACCAAGGACCUCGCACUGCCGGCGGACCGUGUGUGUCGGCCAAUGAAGCCCAGUCCACUGGGCUGCCGGACCGCCGGUGGCGUCCGCGGCUAACGGCUAGCUCGGAACAACCGGACGGUGUGGAGGAGAAAGUUUCCCGGUAUCGACCUUCCGGACUCUCUUACGCCCCCGGACCGAAUCGCAACACGGACUUCUUUUUUUAAACUUUUGCGACUUUUCUUAAACAACCACAACAACUUGUGGUGCCGGACAUGGAGUCGGACACGGCGACAGGAGACGUGGACUCUGUUCCCGGAGGAUUCCUGGACCCCCUGGUGGACCGGAUCCUGGCAGAAACCGUGACACAGCAACAGGGCUGGCUCCGACUUUACGAUGUCAAGGGUUCCCCGCCUCACCGCCUGUCAUGUGGUCAGAGUCCAGAAAGCACCAGCGCCAUUUGGGACAGAAAGUUCUGCAUCUUGACUGACAGCCAGUUGCUGCUGAUCCACAGAGAUGACCAGGUUGGAAGUGACCUGCAGGAGAACCAGACUGACCAGCAGAAGAGACGAAGUCUCCGCAGGACGGUCAGUGUCCCCUCAGAUGGGCAGUUCCCAGAGCUGCAGGCAGGAGGUGCUGUCAAACCAGAAGUGUCUCAGGAAAGUUCCCCAAGGAGGAGGAGUCUGUCUGGUGCUGGAGGAGCAGACAGGACGGUGGACAGUCCGAACUUGUCUCCCUUCAAGGUUGCAAGUUUCUUCAGCAAGCGUCUCAAAAGUUCCAUCAGGAGGUCGAGAAGUCAGAAUAAACUGGACCGAAGCAGUUUCAGACUGCCCACGCUCCAACCUGCUGAUCCGGACAGGUCUGUAGGACUCCCCAGGCUGAAGGAGUCCGUCUCGCAGGAAUCCCUCCUCAGUCCAGGGAACAUGGUGGAGGUUCUGGACCUGCACAUGGAGGAGGAUGUGUGCGUGAAGCCGCUGCACCAAAGCAUCACAGGACAGGACUUCUGUUUGGAGGUGGCGUUCUCCGGAGGAAGCAAGUGGUUCAGCUGCUCCUCUGCAUCAGAGCGGGACAAGUGGAUGGAGAACCUGCGACGGACCAUCACACCCAACAAGGUCUCACUUAUGAGCUGCUUUCACACUGUGCUUAAGUUCCUGGAAAGCUUUCAGGAGGCUUGUUGGCUGAGGUUGGUUGAUCUUCUGCAGGACAACUGCUGGCGAACAGAGAACUUUCUGCGUCUGUGGAUUGUAGAGGCCAAAGACCUACCUCCGAAGAGGAAGUACUUCUGUGAGCUGUGUCUGGAUGACGUCCUCUACGCCAGGACCACGAGCAAGACCCAGUUCUGGGGCGAGUACUUUCACUUCGACGGACUUCCUGCUGUGAGCAGCGUCACGGUGCACGUGUACCGGGAGCCUGACAAGAAGAAGAAGAAGGAGAAGAACAACUACGUGGGGCUGGUCAACAUCCCGCUGGCUGGGCUCUCCAGCCGGCAGUUUGUGGAGCGCUGGUAUCCCAUCAGCAUGCCCUCUGCCGGCAAACUCAGAGGCGGCGGACCAUCUGUCCGAAUCAAGACCCGCUUCCAGAGUGUGACCAUCCUGCCCAUGGAGCAGUACAAGGAGUUCGCUGAGUUCAUCACCAACAAGUACGGUGCUCUGUGCUCGGCACUCGAACCGGUGAUCAGCGUGAGGAACAAAGAGGAGCUGGCCAGCGCUCUGGUGCACAUCCUGCAGAGUACCGGGCGAGUGAAGGACUUCCUGACCGACCUGGUGAUGUCAGAGGUGGACCGUUGCGCCGACCACGAUGCGCUGAUCUUCCGAGAAAACACUCUGGCGACCAAAGCCAUUGAGGAGUUUCUGAAGCUGGUGGGAGACCAGUACCUGCAGGAUGCUCUUGGUGAGUUUGUUCGUGCUCUGUAUGAGUCAGAUGAGAACUGCGAGGUGGAUCCUGCUCGGUGUUCUGGAGUAAACCUGCAGGAGAACCAGAGUAACCUGAAGAUGUGCUGCGAGCUGGCCUUCUGCAAGAUUAUCAACUCUUACUGCGUCUUCCCACGGGAGUUGAAGGAGGUGUUCUCCUCAUGGAAGCAGCUCUGCGUCUCCCGGAGUUACUCUGGUGACAUCAGCCGCCGCCUCAUCAGCGCCUCGCUCUUCCUGCGCUUCCUGUGUCCUGCCAUCAUGUCGCCAUCACUCUUCCAGCUGACGCAGGAGUACCCGGACGACCGCACGUCCAGGACCCUCACCCUCAUCGCCAAGGUGAUCCAGAAUCUGGCCAACUUCUCCAGCUUCGGGAACAAAGAGGAGUACAUGGCCUUUAUGAACGACUUCCUGCAACAUGAGUGGGCGGGGAUGAUGCGCUUCCUGUCAGAGAUCUCCAACCCCAACACCUUGGCCACCACGCCCGGAUUUGACGGACACAUCGACCUCGGCAAAGAGCUGUCGCUGCUUCACUCCCUCUUGUGGGAGGUGGUGUCCCAGCUGGACAAGGGUGAAAACUCCUUCCUGCAGGUCACCGUGGCCAAGCUGGGACCUCUGCCGAGGAUUCUGGGCGACAUCUCUCGCUGUCUGGCGGCACAGACGCAGCGGGCAGACAACAGUCUUCUCCCCGCAGUGGGCGAGGCCACCGACCCCCUGCAGAGGAGACAGCCGCCCCUUGCUCAGCAGUCACGCGGGAGCAGUGUGUCUUUGGUGGACCUGCUGGACACCCGGACUCCACAGAGCACCAGUGAAGCCUCUCAGCACAGCGAGGCCCCGCCUCCCCUCUCCAGGGUGGACUCUCAGGCGUCUGAGAAACAGGCCACACCCCCUCUCGCCAUAAUCAAGACGGCCCCUCCAAGCAGAGCGCCGCCCAGAGGCCAAGUGCUGCAGAGCGCCCCGCAGGUGAGGCGGCCGCCCCCGGGUCUGCAGCCGCUCUCCUUCCAGAACCCAGUCUACAACCUGAGCGGCGUGGUGGCAGCAGCCUGCUCGCCGCACGACUCCAGCUCUGAAGACCUGAGCACAGACGAGUCCCAGCUCAGCCGCUCUGACGGGCCGGGGAGUCAGGUGGAGUGCAGGCAUCACCUGGCGUCCAACUGCAGCCUGGACGAGUCGGGGAGUCGACAGAGCUCGCACGAGUCCUGUCCGACACCGCGGCGGCAGAUGCCUGUGCAUGCCGUAUCUCGACAGAGUGCGACUGCAGGCACUGCCCACAUCAUCAGGGUGGAGAAGCAGAGGGGCGGAGCCAAGACCACCCGCCCCCUCCUCCCUGGUGCCUCGGUCUGUAGCAGCGCCAGCAGCAGCACCACUGAACUGACGCCCACGAUGAAUCACAUGACCCAGCAGGAGCUGCUGUGCUCAGUCGACCCCAUGGCCCCGCCCCCGAGGAGCCCCUCUCUGCAGGUGACCUCCCUGGUCAGGACUGAGGAGAUGGCAGCGCCCCCGGCUGGUUCAAUAGCUGUGACCAUGUCCCCGGUGGAGAGGACAGCGGCCUGGGUCCUGAACACCGGACAGUACCAGGACGAGGAGGAGGAGGGGAAGAGCCUCGACGAAGGGCGCAACCACGACAAGUAUGAGCAGGAGAUCUCACGGCUGCGUGAGCGCCUGCUGAUGUCCGGCCGCCGUCUGCAGGAAUACGAGCGGCGGCUGCAGCUGCAGGAGCAGACCAUGAGCAAACUGCUGCAGGAAUGUCAGAGUCGCCUGGAUGACAGCGAGGAGCGGCUGCGUCGGGAGCAGGAGGAGAAGGAGCUCCAGAUGAAGAGCGUCGUCUGCAGGUUGAUGGCGGUGGAGGAGGAGCUGCGGCGCGACCACGCCGAGAUGCAGUCUGUGAUCGAGACCAAGCAGAAAAUCAUCAGUGCUCAGGAGCAGCGGAUCGUCUCCCUAGAUGCCGCCAAUGCUCGCCUCAUGGCGGCACUGUCACAGGUGAAGGAUCGCUACAAUUGCCCAAACGUCCACAAUGGUCUGUCACCUAGCAACCAGACCAAACUGUCAAUCACUGAGAAUGGAGAGUUCCGGAACGGCAGCUGCUGAUUGGCCCGGCUUUGUUUAUUUAUUUCCUCAACUGCCCACGUUGGAGCACCCUGCUGGCUCACUGUGUUUCUCCAUAUUGGUGACUCAACACAAAGCACACAUUUUAUUCGGAUGUUUUUAAUCUGGCGCUGGAGUCUGCUGCUCUGUCCAUCACCUCUCACCCAGAAGUGAUGCACUCCAGUCCAGCUCCACGUCGCCGUGUUCGAUCUCAGGAAAGCCUGCUGUGACACAGUUGUCCACCAGGUGGCUCUUGAUUUAGUUCUUUAAUGUAAUAAACAUAAACAAACGAUCAGUUGACUCUGGAGAUGUGAACUCUGUUAUCUUAACCAUUUGAGGGCACAUGUUUUCAGGUAGGUGGAUCCAGAGGGAUUCAGUAGCCUCCACCUCCUCUGUAGCCUCCGCCCCGCCCCCCUCUGAAGCCGCCUCCGCCUCUGUGUCCCCCUCCAUAACCACCUCCCUGAUAUCCCCCUCCCCGGUGGUAGGGCCCUCCACGGUAUCCUCCGCCUCCUCGGUACCCUCCGCCUCCACGGUACCCCCUGCCUCCACCUCCGUUGUAGCCCCUGCCCCAGCCUCCUCUGUAGCCUCCCCCUCCUCCAUCAAAGCGUGCCAUCUUGGGUGGUCGUGGGCCGUCCCCCAUCCUGUGGAGGGAGAGACAGGUGAGGCUGGAUGUUCCUGGGUGGCUCUGGGGAGCAGGACUGACCUCUGA